AUAUCCUACCUGUGGUUUGGCGCCAUGGGCAUGGGAGCGUAUUGCGGUCAGACUGGUUCAGAUGGGGAGCGCUUCAAGGUUCUGGAUAAUGCGUAUGAGCUCGGUUGUACUUUCUGGGACACUCCCGAUGUCUAUGGAGACAGCGAAGAGAUCAUUGGCAAAUGGUACCUGAACCCCGAAAAGCGUAGCAAAAUAUUUCUUACCAAAUUCCGUAUCAUCGUCAGUGGAUCUGACGGUAGAGACGUUGAUGGGUCUCCAAAAUAUGUCCACGAGUCAUUUGCGAAAUCACCAAGGUUGCUUGGCGUUGACAAGAUCGAUAUUUACUAUUUGCACAGACCUGAUCACCAAACACCUAUUGAAGUACGUCUCUGUAUGAAACUGUCGUCAUCGCUGGAAAGACAGGGGAAAGUGAAAUAUCUUGGGCUGUCAGAAUGCACUGUGGAUACCUUGCGCCGUGCUCACAAAGUGCACCCUAUCGCUACCGUCCAAGUGGGGCAUUCGCCUUUCACACUCGGCACUGAGGACUCAAAGCUCAAUAUUUUGAAUACGGCUCGCGAACUUGGAAUCAAAAUCAUCGCCUACUCGCCUCUUGGGCGUGGUUUGAUCACGAGACAGUAUAAAUUUUCAGAUGACUUCGAAACCAAUGACUUCAGGGGGAUGAUUCCCAGAUACGCAAAAGAAGACUUCCCGAACAUCUUAAAACUGGCAGACGACCUCACGAGAGUAGGCGAGCAAUAUAAUGCUACCGCUGGACAGGUCGCGUUGGCUUGGCUUCUUCCCCAAGGUGAAGAUGUCAUCCCCAUUCCCGGUACAAAGGUCAAGUAUCUCGAGGAGAACCUCGGUGCUGUCAACGUGUCGUUGAGUCCUGAAUCAGUCCAGGAAGUACGUGUUAUUGCGAAGAAGGCUGAUUGGGUGGUUGGGGAUCGUUAUCCUCCAGCGGCCAUGAAGGCGCUGUAUGCAGAGACCCCACUUCCGAGGAGCACCUGA